AUGGCGGAGGCGGGAAAAGAGCACGCGGGUUUCGGGCUCCCGGGAGGAGGUGCGGCGCAGUGGCCUCUGCAGCGGUAUGCCCGCUUCAUGCCCUCGGGCACUGGAGAGCCACCUGGGCCUGGCCAGGAAGCUGGCACAGCCUCUUCCCCAACAUGGAAGGUUUUUGACUCCAGUGAAGAAUCUGGGCAUCUUGUUCUCACCAUAGUUACAUCGGGUCAUUUCUUCAUUUCCCAAGGACAGACACUGUUGGAAGGGUUUUCACUCGUUGGUAGCAAGAACUGGUUGAAGAUUGUAAGACGCAUGGAUUGUCUGUUGUUUGGAACAACGAUAAAGAACAAGAGUCGUAUGUUCCGGGUGCAGUUUAGUGGAGGCUCAAAGGAGCAGGCGCUGGAACACUGCUGCAGCUGCGUGCAGAACCUGGCCCAGUACCUCACUGUCCAGGUGCCUGACGGAAUCAGCCAGGAGCUCAGGCUGGGUCCUAGCCCACUGUGGACAGGUGAAAGCCAACGGAAGGGCUGUGUGCAGAGCAUCCCACCACAGCAUGAUUCACACCAGAACCUGGAGCAGCAAUGGUGGGUACCAGCUGGCACAGGCACUCCAAGAGGAAGGACCUCAGUGGCCUGGUUAGCUCAGUCUCUCCUGGCAUCAGAGGAGCUGCCCGUGGUCUAUGAACAAUCUGCAUGGAACACGGAAGAGUUAGGCCCCUUUCUACGCUUGUGCCUCAUGGAUCAGAAUUUCCCAGCAUUUGUGGAAGAGGUGGAAAAGGAACUAAAAAAGCUGACAGAGCUGAGCAACUAACAUUCUAUAUACAUACAGAACUGAGGAACUUCAGUGCAAUGGA